AUGUCAUGGAUGUUGCAUGGUCUCCUCAUGAUGCCUGGCUGGCUUCCUGCAGUGUGGAUAAUACUGUUGUCAUCUGGAAUGCUGUCAAAUUCCCAGAAAUUCUUGCUACUCUGAAGGGACACGCUGGUCUGGUGAAGGGAUUGACCUGGGAUCCUGUUGGGAAAUAUAUAGCCUCUCAGGCUGAUGACCGAAGCUUGAAGGUGUGGCGGACCAUGGACUGGCAGUUAGAAACCAGCAUCACAAAACCAUUUGAUGAGUGUGGAGGGACAACACACAUUCUGCGUCUCAGCUGGUCACCUGAUGGACACUAUCUGGUUUCUGCUCAUGCCAUGAAUAAUUCUGGACCUACUGCUCAGAUCAUUGAGCGAGAUGGAUGGAAAACCAACAUGGAUUUUGUAGGGCACCGCAAGGCAGUGACAGUGGUGAAAUUCAAUCCAAAAAUCUUCAAAAAGAAACAAAGGAAUGGGAGCUCCACCAAGCCAAGCUGUCCCUACUGCUGCUGUGCUGUUGGCAGUAAGGAUCGCUCUCUCUCCGUCUGGCUCACAUGUCUGAAACGGCCUUUAGUUGUCAUACAUGAGCUGUUUGACAAGUCUAUCAUGGACAUCUCAUGCUUCCAACUGCUGAGGCUUUUAAAGGCCCUUAGUCAGCCAGCAGAGGAGUCUGCUGGCCCCAAUCAGCCUGAGCCAGCUCCCUCCCAGCUGCAUCUAAUUGGCCUGUAG